AUGCGAAUUCUCGGCCAAUCCCGGGUAUCAGUGCAGGUCUCGAAGUUUGCACCUCCUUUAAGACCCGGGGUUACUCCCUUCAGUCGCAGCUUCAUCAACUCCUCCGUGCUGUACAAAAAGAAAGACAAAAGCACCAAGAAGAGCGCCCCCGCCGAAUAUGAAUCGAGUACUGCAUUGUCUGCCGAAGAUCCCUUUGACCUGUUUCAAUUACACACGGGAAUAGCAGCCGCUGUUUCCCGAUUAAAGGAUGAGCUUUCGAAGCUCCGAGCUGGUGGCCGAUUCAACACCGCAUCACUGGAAAAUUUGAAGGUCCAGCUCAGCAAGGAUGACCAGGAGGCAUUCAAGCUUGGAGAUCUUGCGCAGGUCGUCCCUAAAGGAGGCAGGAUGGUCACUCUCCUGGUGGCAGAGGAGGAGCAUGUCAAACCAGUCACGUCCACAAUCAUCUCCUCCAAUCUAUCUCUGACCCCUCAGCCCGAUCCCCACAAUGCGCUCCAGCUAAAUAUUCCUAUUCCUCCUCCUACCAAGGAGUCCCGCGAUCAAAAUGUCCUAUCUGCCAAACAGGCCUUCGAGAGGGCUUCUAGCACGGUACGCGAGUGUCGAGGCACCAUGCAUAAGCGACUACAAGAGCUGCAAAAAAAGAAGCUAGCACGACCUGAUGAUGUACGCAAGGCUCACGAUCAAAUGGAGAAAGCUACGGACAAAGGCCAGAAAGAUGUCAAGGAUCUAUUUGACACAGCCAAGAAAACCCUCGGACAAGCAUAG